UGUUCUUCCAUUAAUAAAAUGCAAUCAUUCUGAUUCAAGUUACCUACCGAAGGUGUUAAAACUAUUAGAAAGCAAGUAUAUUUAAAAUUGCUGAUACAAUGAUUUCUGGAGUGUCUAUUUUUCGCUUUCACGAUGUAACUUUGCGGUACCUGGGGCAAAUGCCACCAUCAAAUCAUUACCGUUACUUAUACUAUCUGUACUCACUGGCUUUAUUUAUAGUCAUAACCGUUGGCUAUCCCACUCAUCUGAUGAUUGGACUCAUCAGAAGUGAAAGCAAAGCCGAUAUAUUCAAAAAUAUGACCAUUAACUUCACCUGUUUGGCAUGCAGCAUCAAAACAAUUGCACUUUGGUGGCGUCUAGCAGACGUUCAAAAAAUUUAUCGAAUCAUCUUGAAGCUCGACACACAUAUAAUCCAAGCAGAGGAUGUGAAAUUGUACAAAUUGAUCGCGUUUCGUCGAGCGAAACAAAUUCUCUACUUCGUUCUCAGCGUGGGACUGGGCGCUGCGAUUAGCUCCGAAGUAGCUACUCUAAUUGGCGGUAUUUUAGGCAAUUGGAGGCUCAUGUACCCAGCCUAUUUUCCAUUCGACACCGAGCGGAGCGCUUUGAGUUACAUGGCGGCUCAUAUUUACCAGUGCAUUGGCGUAACUGUGCAGAUUUUUCAAAAUGUAAUAAAUGACACAUUUCCACCCAUUGCACUGGCAAUGUUAGCUGGUCAUGUGCGUAUGCUGAAUGUGCGAGUGGCACGUAUUGGCCACAACACGCGAAGUGAUGCAGUGCUGGCGCCCAACGCUGAGUUCUUGGUGUGCAUUGAGGACUACAAACAUUUGCUUGAUUUCCGUGUUGCAAUUCAACGCAUCUCCUCUAUCGGCACUUUCGUACAGUUUCUGGUCACCACCUUCAACAUGGGUGUGGUCAUUGUGUAUUUGAUCUUCUAUGUGAACGAUAUAUUUUCAUAUAUCUACUAUUUCGUAUUCUUGCUGGCAAUGCCAUUGGAAAUAUUUCCGCUUUGCUACUAUGGAACUUACAUGGAAAUGGAAUUCGAGCAGCUGACCUAUGCCAUAUUUUCUUGCAAUUGGAUGGACCAAGAUGCGGUUUUCAAAAAAAAUCUUCGCAUUUUCGCUGAGCAAUCGUUGCGUAAGCAAAUUGUUAUUGCAGGCGGCAUUUUUGCAGUUAACUUGGAUACGUUUUUUGCCGCCUUGAAGAGUGCAUAUUCACUCUUUGCAUUAGUGGUGCAAAUGAAAUGA